UUUUCGAUCAGUUUCUGGAAAGUGGAAACCCAACAACCUAACACGCUCUUUUGUAGUCGUUCACACUUUCUAUCUCCCUUGCGCGCUAGCUUGAUCCUUACGAUCUCCAUCCGCCAUCGCCAUGGCUGCUGUUGCGAGUCCAGAGAGGGUCGAUUCGUCGCCGCAAUUGGAUGCGUCUUCUUUGAAACGCGACUCCGACGCGUCGUCUGAUCGCUCCUCUCCAGCUACUCUCCCCAGCACCGCCGACGCUCAGGACCGCAGCGAUCAAGACCAAUCAAUUUCCGGUUGCAGCCCUAAAAGAAGCGUUGAAAUGCAGUCUCCAUCAGCAUCGAAGAGUGAAGAGUAUCGACAAUUGUUUCGUCUUCCACUUGAGGAAGUCCUUGUCCAAGACUUUAAUUGUGCUUCUCAGGAGAGUAUUCUUCUCCAGGGUCACAUGUACCUGUUUACUCACUACAUAUGUUUUUAUUCCAACAUAUUUGGAUAUGAGACAAAGAAAAUAAUUCCAUUCCUUGAAGUCACUAGUGUAAAAAGAGCGAAGACAGCUGGGAUCUUUCCUAAUGCUAUUGAGAUAGUUGCUGGAGGAAGAAAGUAUUUCUUUGCGUCCUUUCUAUCCCGUGAUGAAGCUUUCAGGAUCAUUAAUGAUGGAUGGUUGCAGCAGGUUAUCUGUGCCAGAGGAAUUAUAGAACAGCAGGAUUCUAUUUCUGAAUCUGGCAGCCAAGAGAAUGGAAGUAUUGCAAUUGAAAAGGAUAACAGCUCCAAACAGCCAAUUGAUGAAUGGGAUACUAUUGAGAGGGAUAAGGAUGCUCUUUAUCCAACUGAUCCAAUGAUUUUACCAAAUGCUGAAAAUGGUGUUCUUUCAACUCCAUAUAGAGAAAUAAAUGAUAAUGUGGAACAGGAUGUUGAACCAGCUGUAUGCUCUGACCCUUCAUCUUCAACAAAUGCUUGGACAUGGAAAGUGGAGAAUUUUGAUCCACCUGAGAUGCCAGAAUCUUAUAUGAAACUCGCUGAAACAAAGUUUCUGAUAAAAGUAGAGGAGUUCUUCAGUUUGUUCUUUUCGGAUGAUUCAGUUAGUUUCAAUGAAUCUUUUCAUCAGCAAUGCAAAGAUCAAGAUUUUAGGAGCACUUCAUGGUCCCUACAUGAAGAUUUUGGGUAUACUCGUGAUGUUUCAUUUCGACAUCCUAUCAAAUUAUAUCUUGGUGCUAAACUUGGUAGCUGCAAAGAGGUCCAAAAAUUUCGAGUUUACAGGAACAGUCAUUUGCUUAUUGAGACAUCACAAACAAUCAAUGAUGUACCUUAUGGUGAUCAUUUUAGUGUGGAGGUGUGUUGGGAUAUACAGAGAGAUAGCGAUGAAUCAACAGAAGGCUGUGCUUUGCAGAUAUAUGUAGAUGUGAAAUUUACGAAGAAAACUAUCUGGAAAGGCAAAAUAGUGCAGUCUACUCAGGAUGAAUGUCGUGAAGUUUAUGCUUUAUGGAUUACGAUGGCACACGAAUUUUUGAAGCGUAGGAACCUUGGGAGACGAGAAGAGGUGGAUCUUGCUGUGAAUAUGAUUCAGAAUGGAGAAGUUAAUUCUGAGGGGGAAUUAAAGACUAGAGAAUCUCUAGAAAGGGUGCAGGAUUCCAUUGAGAAUAUAAGGAGGCGGCGGUUGUCUGAUUCAAUGGAUGUUAGCCGACAAGCUGGCGGUUUCAUGCUAAGAAAUCCGAACAACACCACACCUAUUUCAAGUUUGUUGAGUGAACAUGUGAAGAAAUUCUGUUCGUAUUUGAAAUGUCAGAGUCCAGUUUCACUUAUCCUAGUUAUUGCCUUUGCUGUGAUCAUCCUGAUGCAGGUAAGCAUUCUCGUGCUACUGAACCGACCACAAAAUGUCCAUGUGGCUUCUCCAGUAGAAUAUAUGUAUGGGUUAAGUGGUGGAUCUGGUGAAAGAUCAGCAGAAGCCCUAGCAUGGUUGGAGAGAAGGAUGCACCAUCUUAAGGACGAGAUGUUUAUGGUUGAGGCUCGGCUAGAGAGGAUGCGACUUGAACAUGCUUCGUUGAAAGCUCAUAUGAAAGACCUAGAUCUACGGAGGCGCAGAUAAAUACUUAAAAUUGUAUAUCUAUUACUCGUUUGUAUAUCUAUUACUCUUCCUCUCUUAUAUUCAAAAGAAUAUGAUACAAGGAAACUUUGUCAUCCAGGGAAUAACAAUGUGUUCCACUAUAACUAGUUAGGUAUGUGGUAGCAUUGAGGAAUGUGGAUGUCGAUUCUAUUCCGGCCAUUAUGGAUGCUUUGAGGCCAUAGCGAACUGGACCGCGACUCCAAUGAUGACUCCAAUGAUAUCGGAUUACGUGGUUUUGUACAGCUUAUUUCGUCCUCUGA